AUCCGUUUCUAGACCCUCCGAUGAUUUAUAAAAUAUGAACUUCAUUAUCCAUUUUCUGAGGAUUUUGAAAGAGCAGCCUAGAUAGCUGUGUUCCACUAACCACAGCACAGAUACGGUGCCUUCCCGCUACAACUGGUGACGAUUUCAACGAUUCAACCAUGAUUCAACGAAUCAGUCUCAGUUAAGGGAGACCCCUCUGGAUGCCAUCUGAUACCAUCACUCACCACUAAUCACUAUAUACCAAGCCACGGACCGUGGCCCGCGGUGAUUACACCGUGACUUCAGCUUUAACUUAAACUUUUUUUUUAAUCCUAUCGUUAUUUUCUUGUUUUUGUUUUUUUUUAAAUACGAAGAUUUUCAUGAAUAAUGAGUGUUUUUAAUGGACACAUUUGUUGAUGCUUAUUUGAUUAAGCAUAGCAGAGGAAGAACGUUUAAAGCCUGAAGACUUUCGAGGCAGCAGAUACAGUCUUCUUGACUUAGUCUUCAUCAUGUAAUGCCAACUUAUAUCACAUAUAAUAAUUCAUUCUAAUCUUCUUGGCUUAAAUAUUUAAAAGGAUAAUAUGACAACCUUAACCUUGUCAUGGAGCAGGCUCCAACCCAUCCGACUGCUUUGAUGAAACCUAAGUAUUACUACUAUUAAUACUGCUAUUACUCAUAGAUGUUAUUAAUUGCUGCAUCAUGAAGUCCAUUUUAAUCACUGGUGCCAAUAGGGGUAUUGGUUUUGGACUUGUUAAACACCUCAUUGAAAACCCUGGUCCUCUAAAAUAUCUUUUUGCAACUUAUCGAAAUCCAGAAAAAAUGAAGGCUGCUUUGAAUUCAAUCACAAAGUCACUGAGCAUUGAUGUGAAGAAUGAUGGAAUUCUUGUUACGAGUUUACACCCAGGAUGGGUGAAAACAGAUAUGGGUGGACCCAAAGCUGACUUAUCAGUUGACGCAAGUGUUCAAGCUAUUGUUAAUACUUUAAAUUCGCUGAAUGAGAAACACAAUGGAGCAUUUAUUCAGUAUGAUGGAACAGAGUUGCCUUGGUGAAGAAUGCUGAUUCUUUAGAGUUCUUUCAGUCUUCAAUGCAUUUUUAAUGAAUCAAUAUUUAAAUUUAAUUUUUUUAGAUUGUAUCAGUUGAGUUGAUCAGUUAACACAUUUAUUAUUAGAUGUGUAGUUCAAUUCAGUUAUGGGGAAGCAUGAUGAUGAAUAGUCUGUGAGGUAUGGUAAUGAAUUAGUGUUUUUGGAAAAUUGAUAAUAAAGAUGAAUGUGUAUGUUCAAUCCUAAGGAAGGUUUUCAUGCUGAGGAUGACAGAAGUAAAUGAGUUAUAAUUUAAUUUAAUUUAUUAUCAUCAAAGAAGAGUAAAAAUCCUGCAGUCUGCAGGAAUUGAGAAGACUUAUCAAUGGUUUUUUGGGUACCAGAAUCUCUUUUCCCACAUUCUUCUUUCUCACCUUUACUUAGUAAGAAUAGAAAGUAUGGUGAUCGUGCUCUGCAAAUGGGGAAUUUAGGCAGAAAAAAUUGGUAACAAAAAGUGGAUAAAUAUUGUUACUUUAUACAGAAAAUUAAACAUCUAGUUCAUUAUGUAAUCAGA